GACAAGAAACCCAAAAAACAAACGUUGUGAAAAGCAAGCAAAAAGGAGGAAAAAAACCAAACAAACGAACGAUCAUCGGCAAAAAAAAAAAAAAAGAGCAGAACUCCGGCCAAAUAUGUCCGUUGCGGUAUCCAACUCCCCCAUCUUCUCCCCGCCAUCCUCCCUCUUCCUCAACCGGGCCGCCUCCUUCAACAUCCCCAAUUCCCCGGCGAAUUUGACCCCGACAAGCCACUUCAAAUCCGCCUGCCGCUCACCUUCUUCUUCUUCUUGCUCUCCUUCCUCUCCGCACUCCCCUUCUUUCCGGUCACGCCUCCAGAAGGCAGCGGCGGUGGGACCGGCACCGCCUAUUCCUUCUUCCUCUUCUUCCCCUACCGUGUCCAAGAGGAAACGGCCGGCCAGGCUUGAUAUCCCCGUUUCCGCGAUGGGAUUCGGGGCGCCGGCCAAUCCGGCUGCCGCCGCCGAACUGGCCGAGGUGGAGAGGGAAGGGGAUGGGUACUCCGUUUUCUGCAAGAGAGGGAGGAGAGAAGCCAUGGAGGAUCGCUUCUCUGCCCUCGUCGGAGUUCAAGGAGAUCCCAAACAGGCUUUCUUCGGUGUUUUCGACGGGCACAGCGGGGCCAAGGCCGCGGAAUUCGCGGCGGCGAACCUGGACAAGAACAUAUUCAAACGGCUCGCCGGAGAAGAAGAAGAAGAAACGGAGGACGCGAUAAAGCAAGGGUAUCUCGAAACGGAUUCGCAGUUUCUGAAGCAGGAAGCCCGCGGCGGAUCUUGCUGCGUCACCGCCCUGAUCCGGAAAGGCAACCUGGUGGUCUCCAACGCUGGCGAUUGCCGCGCGGUCGUCAGCAGAGGCGGCGUCGCGGAGGCGCUCACUUCCGACCACCGCCCCUCCAGGGAAGACGAAAGGCACCGAAUCGAAUCCACGGGAGGGUACGUCGAUUUGGUCCGCGGAACUUGGCGAAUUCAGGGGUCGCUGGCAGUGUCCAGGGGAAUCGGAGACGGGCAUCUGAAACAAUGGGUGAUUGCGGAGCCGGAGACGCGGAUUCUGAGGAUCCAGCCGGAGAUCGAGUUCGUGAUCUUGGCCUCUGAUGGGUUGUGGGAUAAGGUGAGCAAUCAAGAAGCAGUGGAUGUAGCAAAGGCUUUGAUGGAAUCGCAGCAGCCGCCAUUGAUGGCCUGUAAAAAGCUUGCUGAGCUCGCCGCCUCGAGAGGCUCUUCCGACGACAUUAGCGUGUUGAUUGUCCAGUUGGGCCGCUACAUUUGAGCCCAUUUCUUUAGUUGGGCUUAGCCUUUUUAUUCUUUCUUCUUUUCCCCACCAACAAUUAUUAUUGGGGGCUUUUUUAUUUAGGCUCGAAAUUGUUAGGCUGAUUCGUUUAAUCCCAUUCUUUUAUUCAUUAUUAAUCUCACACCUCUGUUCUAAUUUGUAAAUGAUGAUCGAUAUUUGAUGGCUACUACAUCCAUAAUGAAAUGAAUUACUCAGU